AUGACCAGAGACCUCAUUGAUCUCGUUACUGAAUCCGAGACGCGGAUUGCUGUGCUUGAGGAGCUAGAGACCUUGAUCCAAUCAGGCCAUGUUGACAAUGUAAGUAUAUCAGAAUUCUGUGCACUUUUUCUCGUGCUUUUGCUGAUUCAUGCGCGGAAAAAUAAGACCACAUCGUCGCUGGAUUGUGUUUAUAAGGAGCGUGUACACACGCGCAUGAACGCGUAUCGUGCCCAGACAUUGCGCAAACGAUACUCAAAGCACCCUGCGUACAUUGAAUUCAAGUCACGCAUCUGGGAAGUAGAACAUGAAGGUGCUAUGCCGCCUCUUGUGGAUCUGCUGCCGGCUGAGCAUGGCGAUCAAGAAGUGGAUGUGUCAGGCAUUAGACGUCAUGAUGAUCAUGACGCUGAUGGCCUUGCGCGUGGAGUCACUAUCGAUAACGAAGAUGACGACGAAAUCGUAAUGGGUGGUACUGUUCGGCAGUUCCGAUGUCCUAUCACCGCUGAUAUUCUUCGUGAUCCAGUCAUUCAUGCUCCUUGUCAGCAUGCAUACUCUCGGGAAGCUCUCGCAUCUUACAUGGCUCAAGCACCAGGCCGGCACGGCUCUGUUCGGUGCCCUGCGGCGGGCUGUCAACAUGUGCUCAUGCGAUCAGCGAUUCAUGAAGCGCCAAGUUUGAAACGUCGUGUCGCUCGUUACGAGCGGCAACUUCUGCGCCGGGAGGAGCUGCGCCGAGAACAACAGGAAGCAACGGCUGUGCUCGAUUAA